GCCAUUAACAUAAGUGAUGGCGGACUUUCAAAAAAAUUUCAUGUUUUAUAAAGUACAGACUUGAAAUUCGCAGCAAAUUUAAACAUAAUUAUUAUUUAAAUUUUGGAUAGUUUGAAGGUUUUGUUGCUGGAACGAAAUGACAAGUGAAGGUGUUACUCACAACAUAAGACCAACAACAACAAACGUUUCCUCCUACGACCAACCUGCUUUAUCACAGAUUGCCUGCCUUGGUGGUCCUGCUGAAGAUGUCAACAUUGAAGAAAUUCCAGUGAAGAAUCUGAGACGCAAGGAUGAAACCAGUUUUGUAAAGCUUUGUCGGGAAGGGGGCCACAAAGAUCUUCUUAGAAUGGAUGAACAAGUCAAAAAUACAGAAGCUAUUGGUUAUGAAAGAAAGGGUGGAGACUGGUACUACCAGGAUGAAAUUUCUGAGAAUGGUCAAGUACCUGUAUUGUCAGGAAGAUCAAAUAUUAGAGAUACAGACUCUGAAUUUGUAAAACUAUCAAAAAAAGGUGGCCAUGAAGGUCUUUUGCGAAUUGAAACUGACAGCAGAAAUGAUAAUCCAUUUGAGCACGUACAAGAAAGAUUUCUUCAAAAGGAGGACAGAAUCUCUCCAUCAACCUGUCCGCCAGCCGGAACGAAACCUGCUGACGUGAACGUUGUUCCUGGCAAUCCUAUAUGGUUAGGCGGAAGUGGUCCAGAAAUGGGUUUUGUACCAGGUAAACGAUUCAUGAAGAAAGACUUGAAGGAGUCUCCGUUUGCCGUGUCUUCCGAGUGGAUGGGACCUCAACCUCGAAAUCCAGACAAGAUUUGAACCACUUUCAUAUAUUUUUAUGACUUAUCGUUUUUGGUAUAUUAUACGUGUUUGCGUUUAGUUUACGAAGACAUUUAGAAAUAUUUAUUUUUGUUAAGAGUUUGUUAUAGACAUUUUGAUCUGCAAAACGUACGUUUGAUUGAAGUAUGACUAAAUAUAUCGUAAAAUAUGAAGUUGUAAACAUAUGUAUAUAAUAUAUAUAUAAGGAUUUAUAGCAGAUGUUUCAUAUCGUUUUUAUCAUGGUUUAUAAAAUAGGACUGAAAGGUAUAACAUAUGUUUAAGUAAUAUAUUUAUGGAUUAAAAGUUUAUAUACGUUUGA